AUUUCUUCGGUGGAGAAGUUCGCAGACUAUUAAACCUGGCAGCAACUUCAGCCUACUUCGUUCAACGAGUGAUGUUCUGAGAUCGCAUCGGUCGUAAAAGAUGAAGGCCGUAAUCGCGUCGUGUCUGCUCCUCUUCGUCGCCGGCGUACUCUCCGUCGAGUGGAAACACAGCGCCAUCCUGGACAAUAACUUCUUGGUUCUUUGGACGCCGGGCGAGAGAGACGUCAUGUUCGAGAUUCAAGUGAAGACCCUGGGCUACGUGGGUCUCGGCUUCACGAGGGACGACGGUAGCAUCGGGGCUGACAUGGUCAUUGGAUGGGUGGACAACAACGGACAGCUCCAUCUCCAGGACCGUCACGUGAAGAAUUCCAGCAAGGAUCCGCAGAUGGACUCCAGCCAAGACUAUUGCCUGCUACUGGGUUACGAGAACAAGACGCACACGGUUCUGCGUUUCAGCAGACGAUACGAUACGUGCGACCCGCGGGACCUCAAGAUCACGAACGACACGAUGCAAGUGGUUUGGCAAUAUCACGUGGAAGAACCAGUGUCCGCAGCCGGAGUUCUGCCGGAUCACGACGCCGUCCGUGGAUCCAGACCGCUUUAUCUGGUGCAAAGGGAUGCCCAGCCGAGGCCAAGCUCGCGCAACGAGGAAGCCGGGUCACCGCUUCAAACGUGGGACAUAUUGAACCAGCAGGUUCACUUACCCACGGAACACGACACGCUGCAUUGGUGCCGCAUUCUGAGGAUGCCAAACAUUGAUCGCAAACACCACGUCGUGAAGUACGAGCCGGUGAUACCACCCGGAAGUUACGAUUACCUGCAUCACAUGACUUUGUACGAGUGUCGCGCGGACGAGGCGCAAUUGGAAUCCGCAGCGAAGACGCCCGGCAGUGUUUGCUAUCAGCCCAAUCAGCCGUCUCCUCUGUGUAACACAAUCGCGGCUAUCUGGAGUCUGGGCUCCGAGGGCUUCAAUUACCCGCCGGAGGCCGGUUACGCGCUCGAUCCGCACGCUGGGCCACGCUACUACAUGCUGGAAACGCACUACACGAACCCGCAGAAGGAUGCGUUCAUCACCGACAGCUCUGGCCUGCGUUUGUAUUACACGGACCGGCUGCGCACCCACGACGCCGGCAUCCUGAGCAUCGGCAUCGACCCGAACUGGAGGCACAUCAUACCACCCGGCCAGCCCGAGGUGGUCUCCGAAGGUCAUUGCAUCUCGGACUGUACCGGGCACACCAUUCCCAACAGCGGCAUCAACGUAUUCGCCGUCAUCAUGCAUACUCAUCAACUGGGCAGGAAGGUCCGAUUGCGUCAGAUAAGGUCUGGCGAGGAGCUGCCACCCAUUGCGUCUGACACCAAUUACGAUCCUAGCUAUCAGGAGUAUCGGAAGCUGCAGAAGCCCGUCAGGGUCUAUCCGGGCGAUCAUUUGGUGGCCGAAUGCACGUACUCGUCGAAAUCCAGGCAAGCAAUCACGCUCGGUGGUCCGACAACGAAGGAGGAAACUUGCUUGGUGUCCGCCCUUUAUUAUCCGCGCAUCGAGCUGUCGCUCUGCUACUCGCUGCCUUCGUUACCAACGGUUCUGCAGAGUUUGGGGAUCCAAAAGCUGAUGCAGGGUCACAGUCCGGUAAAGAUUCAAGAACCGCCAGAGCUGUCCGGCAUGACGUUGGAGGAUCGUUUGCUCAGCUACGACUGGAAGACCGGUUUUCAAAGCUUCCAAGAAGUUACACGAGGAGGCACUUUCAAACCGCUCUGCUGGACCAUCGACGGGGCUCUACCGGACACCGACAACCUGGAAGUUCACUAUCCAAGGAUUCUGAGGCCUUACGAGGAGGUCGUGCUUCCUUGCACGAAGAAACCUCUCAGGAACAAGUUGUCUAAGCUGUUGAGCGAGGACGAAGACAUCGGUGCCCACGUGGAUCCUGACAGCGACGAGACGAACGCCGUCGAACGUGGGCAACUGGUGCGCAGCAAAGUGUCCCGUAGCAGCGACGGUCCAACCGGCGGAAGUUCCUCGACCAGAUCGGUACCGAUCAUCCUGAUACCGAGCAUCCUCCUGGCGCUCGUCGCCGGCGCGUUCAGGUGA